GGAUCAAGCUUCAAUUUUUUAUGCUUUAUCCGAUUCAAUGUCUUUGAUACACUUGUUUAUGUUCGUGGGUCUGGUGAGCCUUGAAGCUGCGGCGUCGUUUUCACCAGGAUCGCGCUCGAUUCUCCGGGACAUCGGCAGUAACAACGCCGAUCAGAAAGACAACGCUCUCGAAUUAAACGCUACCAACUUUGAUUCAGUUUUCCAAGAUUCACCCGCCAAAUAUGCCGUUUUAGAGUUCUUCGCUCACUGGUGUCCUGCAUGUAGAAACUACAAGCCACAUUAUGAAAAAGUUGCAAGGCUCUUCAAUGGGGCAGACGCAGUACAUCCUGGUGUUGUUUUGAUGACCAGAGUUGAUUGUGCAAUAAAGAUGAAUGUAAAGCUUUGUGACAAGUUCUCCAUCAAUCAUUAUCCAAUGCUCUUUUGGGCUCCUCCUAAAAAGUUCGUUGGUGGCAGCUGGGGACCUAAACAAGAGAAAAGUGAGAUAAGCGUAGUCGAUGAAUGGCGCACUGCUGAUCUUUUGUUGAACUGGAUCAACAAGCAGAUGGGCAGCUCUUACGGCUUAGAUGAUCAGAAAUUUGGAAAUCUCUUGACAAAUAUAUCUGACCAGGAACAGAUUUCUCAGGCCAUAUUUGACAUUGAGGAGGCAACAGAAGAAGCUUUUGAUAUCAUUUUGUCACAUAAGGCAAUCAAGUCAUCUGAAACCAGUGCUUCGUUUAUUAGGUUUCUGCAGCUUUUAGUGGCACAUCAUCCUUCAAGAAGGUGCCGUACGGGAAGCGCUGAAAUUCUUGUGAAUUUUGAUGAUUUAUGCCCAUCGGGCGAAUGCUCGUAUGACCAGGAAUCUGGAGGGAAAGAUACUUUACGAAACUUCCAUAUAUGUGGAAAGGAUGUUCCGCGCGGAUAUUACAGGUUUUGCCGUGGCAGCAAAAACGAAACGAGGGGAUUCAGCUGCGGACUAUGGGUUUUAAUGCAUUCACUUUCCGUGAGGAUUGAGGAUGGAGAAAGUCAGUUUGCAUUCACGGCCAUUUGUGAGUUCAUAAACAACUUCUUCAUGUGUGAUGAUUGCCGUCGGCAUUUUCACGACAUGUGCUUAAGCGUCAAAACUCCAUUUAAAAAGGCCCGUGAUAUCGUCUUGUGGCUGUGGAGCACACACAACAAGGUCAAUGAGAGACUCAAGAAGGACGAAGAUUCUCUGGGAACAGGAGACCCCAAGUUCCCAAAGAUGAUAUGGCCACCAAAGCAGCUUUGCCCGUCGUGUUAUCUUUCGAGCACCGAGAAAAACAUUGACUGGGAUCAUGAUGAAGUCUACAAAUUCUUGAAGAAGUACUAUGGACAGAAACUGGUGUCCGUUUACAAGAAAAAUGGUGACAGUGUGAGCAAGGGGGAGGUGGUUGCAGCUGCAGAAGAGAUGGCAGUACCGACCAAUGCUCUGGUUGUGCCAGUGGGAGCUGCAUUGGCCAUAGCACUUGCAAGCUGCGCAUUUGGGGCGCUCGCUUGCUACUGGAGGACGCAGCAGAAGAACCGGAAACAACAGAUACAAAGACGUUGAGGUUGAGAUGCCAAAGUCGCCUGCUUCAGGUCUCUUUUCUCUCUUCUCCUCUUACAGAUUGUAUAGAUUCUUCUCUUCGAAUUUUUGGAAUAUUCAAUACACCCUUCUAUAUCUAUAUGUCAUACCAGAAUAGCUCCUUUGUGGAGUCCUAUCUAAUCUCUCGCCUUUCAUUAUUGUUACCAUCUUCAUCUGUAACUCAACUAAUAGAUGAUCAUUAAAAAU